GUAUUCCCCGGGCAGGUGGGAGCUGCUUGCCUUCGCGAGCAUCACCUGGCAAGUGGCGGGGAUGGCCCAGCUUGGGGUCUGCUGCAGCUACUGUUCCCAGACAUGGUCUCCUGUGCGCUGCACCCGCGAACCUCUCGCGGCCUUCAGGGCAUUUAUUAUAAUGAUAUUUAUAUAGUCUGCUAUAAAGAACAGGGCAAAUGGGCCUGCAGCAUAUUCGACGUUAAAGCCCGAGACUGAUUCUGAUUCCCCCUGUGUUAGGUCUAAAGCGGCUCGGUUGGUUUCUGCUAGUGUGGAAAUCAGUCAUAUUAUGGCCACAGGUCAUGAUGCUGGGAGCAGCCAGAGAAAUUCUUCUGUUCAAAUGAGUAUAUUCAGAUUAAAGGAGCCACUUAUUAUUAGGACUGAUAGGAGAAUAGCUAGAGUGACUUCAUAUGAGAUUGUUUGGGCCACUGUACGUAGUGCACCGAAGAUUGCGUAUUUCAAAUUAGAUGCUCAUCCUGAUCAUAGGAUAGAGUAGACAGCUAGGCUUGAUGUGGCUAAUAUAAACAGGAGGCCUAGUUAAGAUUAACUAGAGAGUGGGGUAUGGGGAGAGGGAUUCAUAUGAGGAGGGCAAUAGAUAGAGCCAGAGUUGGAACAAUAAUGUAUGGGGGGUGUAUUUUUAUACAGUAUUGUACAUUAUACAACAAUAUGUUAAAAGUCUUAUUGCAUCUGCGACUUUUAUUGCCGAGUGCCCCCGACUUCCUGGUGGUGGUGUCCCCACUGCUCCCGAAGCUCCCAGGUUCCUGUGUCUCUUUCUCCCAAUUCUUUUCUAGUCAUAGUUCAGGCUCGAUUCACCUGUGGAUACUCCCAGUCUCUACUUCUAGAAUCCUCCAGGGAUAAUUCUCAUUGCCUCUUCCUCAUUCUGGACCCUGCAAAGCCCCUUUUGUCAGGUUCUGCAAUCAAAGUCCGGCCCUGGGAAUUCCCAGGCAUCAUCCCUUCUCAGACAGGGUGUCUGUGAGGUGGCGCCACGGGACACAGACACAUGUGAGAGGGGGAGAGUAGGGUCACAGCUGCCACACCUUUGCCACGGGCCUCUGCCAGCCUACUCCUGGGCCUCCUUAGAAUCCUUGCUGCUGUGAGAAUUGCAGGCUUCCUGGCCUUAUGACAACACAAAGGGAAACAAGAGGUUCCAGAAUGCAGGGUCCUGGGCCCAGAUCGGAGAGGGCACAGGGCCAGGGACUCUGGCCAGACAUAGGCCCAGGUCUGUGGCUGGCCAGCUGCAGCUGUGGGGCCCGGCAUGUGUCUCAACAUGGCCCUGGAGCUCUACAUGGACCUGCUGUCAGCACCCUGCCGUGCCGUCUACAUCUUCUCAAAGAAGCAUGACAUCCGGUUCAACUUUCAGUUUGUGGAUCUGCUGAAAGGUCACCACCACAGCAAAGAAUACAUUGACAUCAACCCCCUCAGGAAGCUGCCCAGCCUCAAAGAUGGGAAAUUUAUCUUAAGUGAAAGCGUGGCCAUCCUCUACUACCUGUGUCGCAAGUACAGCGCACCAUUACACUGGUACCCGCCAGACCUGCACACACGUGCCCGUGUGGAGGAGUUCAUGGCUUGGCAACACACAGCCUUUCAGCUGCCCAUGAAGAAGAUAGUCUGGCUCAAGUUGCUGAUCCCAAAGAUAACAGGGGAGGAAGUUUCAGCUGAGAAGAUGGAGCAUGCAGUGGAAGAGGUGAACAACAGCCUGCAGCUCUUUGAGGAGUAUUUUCUGCAGCAUAAGAUGUUCAUCACCGGGGACCACAUCUCACUGGCUGACUUGGUGGCCGUGGUGGAGAUGAUGCAGCCCAUGGCAGCCAACUAUAAUGUCUUCCUCAACAGCUCCAAGCUAGGUCAGCAGCACAGCGAUGCCUUUGCCCAGGUGAACCCCCUGAGGAGGGUGCCGGGCCUUGAAGGAUGGGGACUUCACCUUGGCUGAGAGAUCCUGUGGGGCAAGUGCUGUUUCCCUGGAGAGUCGAGGGACCACUCAGCGAUCUUCAGUGGCUAUUUACUAAACAUCCAACAGGGCCAGACCUCAUUUAAGCCCUGUGGCUUCAGCAGCGAAUGUGUCUACACCUGUCUCUUCAUGGAGCUCACAUUCCAUUAAUAGAAGGGGGAGCUGACAGUAACCCAUGUAAACAUGUAACAUAUCGGAUGUUGAUGGGUGCCAUGGAAAAAAUAAACAGGGUAAGAGUGGGGGUGUAUGUCAUUAUGAGUAGGAUGUUGAGGGAAGACUCCCUGGAGGAGGUGGCAUCUGAGCAGAGAGCUGUAGGAAUGUGCAAGGCAUGAGGGGAAGGGUGUUCUGGCUGGAGGGAAGAGUGAGGGCGAAGGCUCCAAGUGGGACAAUGCAUGGGGUUCAGACUGGAGAGCAACGGGCCAGGGCGGGUGCAGUGAGCAGGAAGAGCAAGAGGUCACGACAGAGGGGAGCAUGGGACACUGGGAAGGCUUUGGCUCUUACCGCAGGUGGACUGAGUCGCUGGAGGGUUUUGAGCAGAGGAGAACUGUGAUCUGACUUAGGUCGUAAAGGAUCCCCCAGGCAGCGGGGAGAAAGCCACUGCAGUCAUCUGGGAUGCAGCGCUGGAGCCCCAGACCAAGGUGGUGGUGGUGCAGGGUUGCGGGGGAUUGUGGUCAGUUCUGACUUUUCUUGAAACUCUGACUGCAGGGUUUGCUGAAGGGUUGGAGGUGGGUGGGAAAAUGAAAGCCAAAACCAGCCUCCAGGUUGGUGGCUGCAUGGUGGCAUCCUUUACCGAGGCCACACAAUGUCUCCGUGGUGGAGCCGGAUUCAUGUUCAGAGCCUGGGAUCACUGGAUGGUCCAACACCCAUAGAGGCAUGAUGAGCUCUGGGGGUCAGACUGCACAACCCUUCACCAUAGGUGAACGGGAGAUGGGACAGGGUGGGAAGCAAUGCUGCCAUGUCCCCUGGAAGGCUCUCUCCCUACUGGCCUUGCUCCUGGCCCUGUCCAUGCUUUGGAUAUGUUGGGGAGAUACCCAACUUGCUCUCGUUCUUCAGACUCACACUGGGUGCCCCUUCCUCCUGGAAGCCUUCCCUGAGCCCCUGCUGAAGUUCAUAACAUUUUGUUUCUUCCUUGCGGCCCUUAGUUGAGAUGACAGUCUGGCCCCGUGUAGGGCUGUGUGACCCUGGGCACUUACCUAACCUCUCUGAGCCUCACAUCCCUCCUCUGCAUCAUGGGGAUAGUGAAAAUGUCCCAGAAAAUGGCUGAAGAGUGUUCAGGGCAUGCUUUCUGCCCCUGUCAUGUCCCCCUACUAUGGCUAUCUUGCUGUGUAUGAGCUGCAUGUACAAAGCACCUGACCACUGGUACCCCCAGGACCUGCAGGCCCGCGCCCGUGGGGAUGAGUACCUGUCAUGGCGGCACAUGGCCCUGCAGAGUGGCUGCUGCUGGGCCAUGUGGCAGAAGGUGAGCCAUGGAGG